CGAGCGCAGCCCGGCGGCGCGUCCAGCUACGACUUGUCCGGACCUCCGGCCGAAUUCUCCGUUGCGUUUCCUUUCGUCGCUCGAGAUCGGUCGAAAUUCACGAAAAAAUUCUCGAAAUUCGAGACGGUUCGAUCCUCGAGAUUGAUCUCGCCUUACGUGGUCCCGAGUUGCUGUCUGAUUGGCGUUGCAAGUGGAUUGCAGAAGCAUUGUAGAGGAGGUUUUCAAUACUCUCUGGAGAUUGUACAGUCGCAUGAAGGUUGCCAAUUACGAGAGAGACAGAGAGAGCGAUCGAGCCAAUCUGGGUCACGCAGCUGCUUGCUUAAUCGUUCCUCGCACCGAAGGUGCCAAGAAAUAAGCUCAGUGGUCGAGUUACAGCAGGGUAAUGAUGCAGAAUUCACAUUCCAGCCUUUGACAAUGAUCGGAGCCAAAAGCGCUCCGUGCAUUGGAGCCAUAGUUCUUUGCCUGUCCGCUGUGCUGGUCAUCGCACAACCAGGGUUUCUGAGCAUAGACUGCGGAUCUACUGUCAACUACACGGACAACGCGACCGGAAUCCACUGGGUCACUGAUCAGGGCUACGUAACCACUGGACGCAACACACCACCAGUCAGCAAAACUGGCAGCCCGCUUGAUGACGACAGGUUCUUCCCCGAGCGCAAGAAGAAUUGCUACACUGUACCGGCAGAACCUGGGUCGACUUACCUCAUUCGCACGGUAUUCAACUUUUUAAACCUUGGCCUGCCUUUGAACGAUCUGAGCUUUCAGCUGUUCAUCGAAUCGACUCCGUGGACUACUAUCUCGUACAAUUCUGAAACCCCGAGCGUAGACACGUCGCGAGUGUUCGAAGCCAUUUGGAAUUCCACCGGGUCCAAGAUUAAUGUCUGCCUCGUGCGCGGUAGCGGAGGCAACCCUUUCAUUUCGACGUUGGAGCUCAGGAAAUUCGACCCGACCAUGUACGCCGCCCAUGACACGGGCUUGAAUUCAGGACAGAUGCUAUCUUGCUGGAUGAGAUGGAACUUCGGUACGCCGGUCAACUCGCUAGUCAGGUACCCAGAUGAUCCGUACGAUCGCUUCUGGAAUUUUGACGGGAAUGUGGGAAAUAAUUAUUGCCCGAGCACGUUGAGGGCCUCGGACCCUGACCUUGUACUACCUCAGCUCAGUGGGAAUCGAGUACCGCGGAAGGUGAUGCAGGAUGCUUGUGUGGGUACCGAGAGUCAACCGAACAUGUUACUGGUCAUCAGCUUUCCCGAAACAGUCCAACUUUUCUACAAUAUAAUUUACUUCCAGGAGAUCGAUGAUAAUGCCAACGCGACGAAUGCCAACGCGACGAAUGUACGGGGCAUCAGAGUUCAAAUGGAUUUCGGGAACUUCAAAGCGACGGAUUUCAACUUGACGGGGGAAGGGAUUCAAAUUUCCUCAUCAUCGUUCAACCUGUCGAGUACUGGAUUUUCCGCCACUCUCAGUAAACUCCCGGAAUCCCGCCUGCUCCCAUUAGUGAAUGCAGCGGAAUCAUACUUGAUGAUCAACGUCAGCUCGAACUCCACGGAUGCCAACGACGCGAGUGCUUUGGAGCGGGUCAAGGCAGGUUUCAACCUGCCGGACUACCCCGGGGAUCCGUGUUAUCCUGCCGCGUGGGAUUGGGUUGCUUGCGAUACCAAUUUUCAACCGGCGAGAGUCUCUCAAGUGAAUAUCUCGGGGUAUAACACGAAAGGAGUCUUGAAUCCAGCCAUAAAUGACUUGAGUCAGCUGACAUCAUUGCUUCUGGAUAACAAUCAUCUGUCGGGCGUGAUUCCAGACCUCAAGGGCUUGACUAAACUCGUAACAGUGCAUCUGCAAAACAACCAGUUAAGUGGAGCAUUCCCAGACUACUUGCUUCUCGUUCCGUCGCUCGUGGAGCUGGAUGUGUCGAACAACAAUCUGAAUGGCACGGUUUCGACGUGCCCUGGAUCGAAAUUAAACUUCUCAUGCGACGCCAAUCCACUCUUUGAUUGCAAAAAUAAAUCCCAUUCUUGCCUUGGCGGAGGAGCGUCAAAUCAUACAGUAGUCGGAGGAGUGUCUGGCGGAGGAGCUUCAGUUGCUACAGUAGUCGGAGGAGUGUUUGGAGGUCUUGCUUUCCUUUCACUGAUCGUUGUUUGCCUGGUGGUGAAGAAGAAAAGAGUUCUUGCAAGAGAACGUCGAAGGCUUGCAGGAGAGCCCAAUUCUUCGAACUUCAAUGGUGACGAAAACACGGCUUGUUUCAAGUCAGAGCAAAUACAAAAGCUGACUAACAAAUUUGAAAAGAAGAUCGGACAAGGGUCGUAUGGAGCCGUGUAUCUUGGAGAGCUAGAUACAGGCAAAAAAAUUGCCGUGAAAGUACAUGACGCCAAGUCUCGUGAAGGAAUCAAUGAAUUCAUAAAUGAGGUGAAGCUAUUGUCGAGAGUCCACCAUAGGAAUCUGGUUUCUCUUCUAGGCUAUUGUGAAGAAAUGGACCAGCAGGUACUGGUCUAUGAGCACAUGGGCAACGGAAACUUACGCGAGCAUCUAAGCGGUAACCUGGAGACGAAGGAACCGCUAAGCUGGAAAACUCGUCUCGACAUCGCCAUAGACUCUGCCAAAGGGCUGGAAUACCUUCACAAAGACUGUCAUCCUCAAAUCAUUCAUCGCGAUGUCAAGAGUUCCAAUAUACUGCUGGACGAAAAUUUCGUUGCCAAGGUUGCCGAUUUCGGUCUCUCGAAGGCUGGACCGGACGGAGGCUUCCAGAGUGGUAUUUCCACCGUUGUUGUGGGCACGCCCGGAUAUUUUGAUCCUGAGUAUUUCAUGACACAGCGGCUAACAUAUAAAAGCGACGUGUACAGCUUCGGUAUUGUGCUUCUGGAAGUGAUAUCUGGAGUUCCUCCCAUGACUUCCCAACUUCCAGAUGGAAGUGCGGGAACCCUCGUCGAAUGGGUGAAACGGCAGUUGCCGACGAACAUUCUUGGAAUUGCAGAUGAAAAUCUCGAUGGGCAGUAUAGUGAAGACGUGAUGAUAAAAGUGAUUCAGCUCGCGGUGUCUUGUAUUGCCCUAGAGUCUGUAAAUAGACCUGAUAUGCAGCAGAUUGUUAGAGUCUUGUGUGAGGCCAGGGACGCAGAGUUCCCGGUCGAAAGUGUACCCCAGAACCCUUUUAGCGUUUUCAGGCCUCUUUCCUUUUCGUUUUCGACAUCUAUGAAAAGCACUGACUCCUCUGGCCCGCCCGCCGAGCGUGUGUUGUCCUCUGCACGCCUUGAUCGGAGCAACAUCGAUGCGUCUUACGAGGUGGGCAGAUAGCAGAACCAGCACUUGAAUGGUAUUCAAAACAUUUUGUUGGACAUCUCUGUAUGGAAGAUAUGCCGGUGGGAACCUCACGACAUUCUCCAGAGAGUACGUACCUUUUUAUAGGGCAAAAUCAGAAUGGAGCAAAUUAGAAUUCCAAGUCUCACUAGGUGCGUCUGCGGCGAAUAAAUGAGGAUUGCUGAGUACACGGCAAGACAAGCUCUUGGACGAAAUGCGUAUCUCUUAAACUCGCUCGGCACGGGUGACAAUUCCUGUGGGCCAAAGUAGAAUUGGCACGAGACGAUGUCGAAGGAUCUCAGGUCAUGAGGCGAUUGGUUUCGCUCACUGGCACAUGAUUCUGUGUAAAAUUUCCAGCAACCAUGAUGUGUAUAAAAUUUGUGGAGACACAUUCCCAUGGAGGUGGAAAAGUCGGCCUUUUUUUGGCGAUGUAAUAAGCACAUGAAGCUUGUU